AAUAGACACUAAUGAACAAAUAACAUGCUUGCUCUAACAGGAACAUCCUCAAUAAGCCUGACAGCAGUGGGACUCUGCACUAUGCUGUCCACCAGGAGACAUGGUACCAGCAUCCUGACCAUAAAAGAAGCCCUGGAAAACGGGUUUGUGGCUGUGUCCUCCAGCCAUAGCCAUCUCUCUCCUGUCCGAAGUUAUGACAUGGAUUUUAGCAGUGCUUCCAAACCAGAUGCCUGGGAGGUUCUCGUGGACUUGGACAAGGCAACAAAAGGCAGUUCCCUGUGCGUUGUCCAGCAGCCAGAGUACCUGAGCAGCUGUGUGGAGACUGACCUGCACAGCCUCACCCAGGGCAUCUCUGACCUCAGCCAGGCCACCUUUGACCUCUCUAGUUGGCCUUGUGAGCACUCCAGCAGAGCUGGCUCCCUGAUGGAUAUUGCCUUGCAGAACACCUCAACGCCGUGCAGGAAAGAAAAGCAGCCCAAACUGCAGGACAGCCUGCUCACCAAGGGCACUGAGCUCACCAGUGACUUCUCAGCCCUUGGGAAGAUACCAGCACCCAGAUGGGAGAUCUCAGCAAUAAAAGAUCCCCUGGACACCAGCCUGUCUCUUGAUGUGAGCACUGAGGAGAUGAAGCUACUGGGAUGCUCCAAAUUGGACCCAUCACCCCUGGAGACAUCUGUGGUAAUUCCUUUGGCUUGGCCUAGAGCUUUCAAAAAGCAUUCUAUGCUGCUCCACAGGUCUGCCACCCUCGGGACCCAGCUUGAGUGAUCCUGACCCCAUCCCUGUUUCUGCAUCAGGCUCUGUGAUG